AUGAGACAGGCUGGCGUCCGCACCGAUGGCGUCGGGGGCUCGCAGCUACGGCAACGGGGCGACGACGAGAGCAACAUCCAGGUCGUCGUCCGAGUCAGGUGCGUUGCUCCCGUCUCGCCGAUCCUGGCAACAUCAGGCCCGCACUGCCACGCCAUCAAUGUCGCCAUGGAGGUGCCCCAGGUGUCGUCUUCGGCCUCGUCGGCCGCCAGCACCAGCGUCAAGUCGUCCCUCGUCGCCGACGAGGCAGAGCGACGCGAAAAGGUGUACAACUUUGACCACGUCUUUGGCCCCGAGGCGGACCAAGGGAUGGUGUACAAGAACGUCGUGGGUCCCAUCCUCGAGGAGGUCAAGAGCGGCUACAAUUGCACCGUCUUUGCCUAUGGGCAGACUGGCACGGGAAAGACACACACGAUGGAAGGAGACCUGACUCCCCACAUGGGUGGCACCUACUCGCUAGAGGCAGGCGUCAUUCCGCGGACACUCUACCGACUCUUUCACGAUCUCGAGAGCGAGGCAAAUGAAUUCAGCGUUCACGCCAGCUUCGUCGAACUGUACAACGAGGAGUUGCGAGACCUGCUGAACAACGAGGCACCGACGCCGCUGGGUGCGGGGGGGAGUGGCGGGGGCAGUGGACUCAAGAUGUUUGAGGAUCCAAAGGGAAGGGGCGUGCGCAUUCAGGGGCUCGAGGAUACACCGCUGCGCGACGCCCAGCACGGCCUGGCACUGCUUCGAAAGGGCGCGCAGAAGCGGCAGAUUGCGGCGACAAAGUGCAACGAGUCGUCGUCGAGAUCCCACUCGGUCUUUUCCCUCACCGUGCAUAUCAAGGAGACGACGUCAAAAGGCGAGGACAUGCUUCGGACGGGCAAGCUGAACCUCGUCGACCUGGCUGGCAGCGAGAACAUUGGCCGGAGUGGCGCAGAGAACAAGCGGGCCCGAGAGGCGGGCAUCAUCAACCAGAGUCUCCUGACGCUGGGAAGGGUCAUCAAUGCCCUUGUGGAAAAGAGCAGCCACAUCCCCUACCGCGAGUCGAAGCUGACGCGGCUGCUCCAGGAGUCGCUCGGCGGGCGCACAAAGACGUGCAUCAUCGCCACCGUGUCGCCCGAAAAGGCCAACAUGGAGGAGACGCUCUCUACGCUCGACUACGCGCUUCGUGCCAAGUCCAUCCGCAACAGGCCAGAGAUGAACCAGCGCAUGACCAGGGCAGCCCUGAUCAAGGAGUACGUCAACGAAAUCGAGCGGCUCAAGGGGGAUCUGCUGGCGUCGAGGGAAAAGAAUGGCAUCUACCACUCGUUUGAGAGCUGGAGCGCGAUGCAGGACGAGCAGGAGGGCGCAAAGAAGCAGAUUGAGGAGCUGAGGAGGAGCGACGAGGUCAUCAAGAGCAAGAUGAACUCGCUCCAGGAGCAGUUUGACCAGAACAUGCAGCUCCUCGUCAAGCGCGAAAACGAGUCCAAGGCGGUCAAGCAGGAGUCGGCGGAAAGGCGAGCAGAGGUCGACCGCCUCACCCAGCGGCUCGAUGAGCUCCGACGGGCCGAGGAGGAGGAGAGAACAUUGAGCCAGGCAUACGCGAGAAGCGAGGCAAAGCUCAAUGUCGCUGCGUCGAAUCUCAAGGCACUUUUAGAUAACAGCAAGACCGAUGUUGAUGGCCUGUUUGCCAAGUUGCAUCGCAAGAGCCAGGUCGAGGCACGGGUUUCCGGCAAGGUCGUCGAGCUGCAGUCAUCGCUCAAGGAGCUUGCCACGGAGAUGGGCUCCGGUCUGGCCGGCUUUGGCCAGAUGCAUGAGGACUUUACGACACAGCUGGCUACCAGGCUCCACACCUUUUCUCAGAGCCAGGAGGGGCUGGUACAGGAGCAACUGCAAAGUCUUGACGAGAAGCUGCAGACCAUUCGUCAACAAGUUCAGCAAGCGCACGGCUCAUCAGACCAACAACGAGCGACCUUGGACGGCAUUGCAUCCGACCUCGACGCGGCGCGCGGUGGGCUCCUCUCAGCGACCGAGGCUCGGACAAAGAGCCUGCGAGAGGGCUGCAAGACGCUCCUCGAGCAGGUGGCAGCCAGCAACGGCCCAGCGGUCGAGACGGUCAAGCGGAGUCUGGCGCGCAUGUCUGAUGUCAUGGCGACGAUCGUCAAGGGGUCGCACGCCCACCUCGGCGAAAGCAAAGAGCGUCUCGAAGGGCUCAGCAGCGUGGUAGAUGCGAGGGCGCAAGAUGAGAUUAGGCGGCUCGAGGGCCAGAAUGAGCAACUGAAGAAGCUGCUCUCGCUCGAGAGGCAGCGCUCGUCCGACGCCAAGGCCAAGAUCACCUCGCUGCUCUCGGGGCUGUUUGACGAGCGCGACAAGGCUCUCGACGAGGUUGUCGAUGCGAUGCAGUCGAGCAACAAAGAGGCUCAACGGCACACUCAGGAAUUCGUACAGGCGCACUCGGUCGCCCUCGAAGAGGUACAGGAGGGCGCCCACCGAUUCCACCAUGAAAUCGACGAGGCAGGCCAGGACUCACACAAGGACCGGAUCAAGGCUGAGAGAGUCGUUGACAAGGCCGACGAAUCGCUGAGGGCCAAGUUGACGGACUUUGUCGAGCGUGACUUUAGCAGGCUUGUCGAGGAGGAGCUCAAGGAUGUGCAGGAGGCCACCGAGGGUGUCUCGAAGGGCGUUGUUGCGCUCCGCGACGAAGCAGACGCUGGGGCCACGUCGCGACGGACAGAAAUCGAGAGCUUCGGAAAGGACGUCGAGGAACUGUGUGGCGAGGCUGGCCAAGGAUUCGAGACGCUCCUCAAUGAUGCUCGGGGCAUGACGAGCGAGGCGGCCGAUGCCCUCGACGAGCAGUACAACGCACGCCACGCCUUUGAAGACGCGACCAAGGAACAGAUUGAGAGAUUGCGCAGCCAUGGCGAUCGCAGCGAUGUUGUUGUGAAGGACGUCUCGACGGGCGCCACGCCAGAGAAGCGCAAGUGGCAGGAGGCCGACAAGGGGUGGCAGCUGGUGCCCAAGUCGAGGGCGCUUGCCAUCAAGCAGCACCGAAGACGGCUCGAGGCGGCCGAGCUGGCUGGUGUGACGAGCAUCAGCGUAGCAUUCAGCGAUGGCUCAGAGGACGAGAUGGGAGCGCUGUCUGGCGAAGAGGCCGAAAGGGAAGAAGAGGAGGUAGAGGGAGGGUUGGGUCUGCUCGGCGAUGGCGACGAGACGUUUACGGAAAGAAAUCUUGCCAAGAAGAAGCAGAGAGGCAGGAGCACCAGCCGGUCCACCUCGCCCGUCGUGAGCAAGAAGCGGGCGGCAAUUGCCUCGUUGGGCUUGGGUCUGGGGCCUGGACCGGGACAUCAUCAGCAGCACCAUCAUCACAACCAGCCGAGAGCGGUGGCUGUCCCGCUGCGAGAGACGGACGGGAAUCGUGUCAUGAGCGGCAACCACGCUCCUGCUCCUGUGCUUCACAAGGGCAGGCCGACAAGCAGUGCAGAUGCAAUUGCAGCCAAGCGUGUGCGGCGUUAG